GGGGCUCCAGGCCGGGCUGUGUGCUCGCUCCUUUCUCCGGGUCUCUGCGAUCGCCCCCAGCUGGCGGGGCUCACGGAGCGCAGGAGGCGCCGGUCUCUGACUCAAGCUCGAGUUAAUAAACAGUUAAGUUUUGAAGACUCCGCAGACACGUUGAGGGGGAGUUACCAAGCCCAGGCAGCAAAACAUCCCGCCGCCACAUUCCUGGAGAGUCCUCAGAGCCAGCAUCUGAUUAGAACCAUAUCUCUACCCGGGAGUGGCCCCGCGGCUCCGAGGCUCCCGGCCGGCAGCUAUUUAAGCGGGGCUGUCCGCGUCCUCGGCGCUGCAGCCUGGAGGCUCCCGGCGCGGGGAAGUCAUGCUGGCUCCGCAGAGGCACUAGCUAGUCCGUGUGCAUCGUGGGUUAUGUUCAUUUGAGACCUGCCCAUCGGGGAUUGCCUGAUAUCUGUGAGUGUCUGCUGCUGGGAUUUCUGCUUGCAUUCCUGUCAUGUCUAAUGAAGUAGAGACAAGCACAACCAAUGGUCAGCCUGACCAACAGGCUGCACCGAAAGCACCAUCAAAGAAGGAAAAGAAGAAAGGUUCUGAAAAGACAGAUGAGUAUCUGUUGGCCAGGUUCAAAGGUGAUGGUGUAAAAUACAAGGCCAAGCUAAUCGGUAUUGAUGAUGUGCCUGAUGCGAGGGGAGACAAAAUGAGUCAGGAUUCUAUGAUGAAACUCAAGGGAAUGGCAGCAGCUGGUCGCUCUCAGGGACAGCACAAGCAAAGGAUCUGGGUCAACAUUUCCCUGUCUGGCAUAAAAAUUAUUGAUGAGAAAACCGGGGUAAUAGAGCAUGAACAUCCAGUAAAUAAGAUUUCCUUCAUUGCUCGUGAUGUGACAGACAAUAGAGCAUUUGGUUAUGUGUGUGGAGGAGAAGGCCAGCAUCAAUUUUUUGCUAUAAAAACAGGGCAACAGGCUGAACCAUUAGUCGUCGAUCUUAAAGACCUUUUUCAAGUUAUCUAUAAUGUAAAGAAAAAGGAAGAAGAAAAGAAAAAGGUUGAAGAAGCCAACAAAGCGGAAGAGAAUGGGAGUGAGGCCCUAAUGACCCUUGAUGAUCAAGCUAACAAACUGAAGCUGGGUGUUGACCAGAUGGAUUUGUUUGGGGACAUGUCUACACCUCCUGACCUAAAUAAUCCAACAGAAAGCAGAGAUAUCCUGUUAGUGGAUCUAAACUCUGAAAUCGACACCAAUCAGAACUCUUUAAGAGAAAAUCCAUUCUUAACAAAUGGAGUCACCUCCUGUUCUCUCCCUCGACCAAAGCCUCAGGCAUCCUUCUUGCCUGAAAGUGCCUUUUCUGCCAAUCUCAACUUCUUUCCCACCCCUAAUCCUGAUCCUUUCCGUGAUGAUCCUUUCGCACAGCCAGACCAAUCGGCACCCUCUUCGUUUCAUUCUCUCACAUCUGCAGAUCAGAAGAAAGCGAAUCCGGGUAGCUUGUCUACUCCACAGAGUAAAGGGCCCUUGAACGGUGAUACUGAUUACUUUGGUCAGCAAUUUGACCAGAUCUCUAACCGGACUGGCAAACAGGAAGCUCAGGGAGGCCCAUGGCCCUAUCCAAGUUCGCAAACCCAGCAAGCAGUGAGAACUCAAAAUGGGGUAUCUGAAAAAGAACAGAACGGCUUCCAUAUCAAAUCUUCCCCGAACCCUUUUGUGGGAAGCCCUCCCAAAGGACUAUCGGUACCGAAUGGCGUAAAGCAGGACUUGGAAAGCUCUGUCCAGUCCUCAGCGCAUGACUCCAUAGCCAUUAUCCCACCUCCACAAAGUACCAAACCAGGAAGAGGCAGGAGGACCGCUAAGUCUUCAGCAAACGACCUGCUUGCUUCAGAUAUCUUUGCCUCAGAACCUCCAGGCCAGAUGUCCCCCACAGGACAACCUGCAGUCCCACAGGCGAACUUUAUGGAUCUCUUCAAAACCAGUGCUCCUGCCCCAAUGGGGUCGGGGCCCCUCGUAGGUCUAGGUACUGUCCCAGUAACACCCCCCCAAGCAGGACCUUGGACACCUGUUGUCUUCACUCCUUCUACAACUGUGGUCCCAGGAGCCAUAAUAAGUGGCCAGCCUUCCGGUUUUGGUCAGCCACUCGUCUUUGGUACAACCCCAGCAGUGCAAGUUUGGAAUCAGCCUUCAUCAUUUGCAACUGCAGCUUCCCCUCCACCCCCGGCAGUUUGGUGUCCUACCACAUCUGUGGCACCCAACACUUGGUCAUCCACAAGUCCCCUGGGGAAUCCUUUUCAGAGUAGUAAUAUCUUUCCACCUUCCACCAUAUCCACUCAGUCCUUUCCUCAGCCUAUGAUGUCCUCUGUUCUGGUCACACCUCCCCAACCACCUCCCCGAAAUGGCCCACUAAAGGACACUCUUAGUGAUGCCUUCACUGGCUUAGACCCACUUGGGGAUAAAGAGGUCAAGGAAGUGAAAGAAAUGUUUAAGGACUUCCAGCUGCGGCAGCCACCUCUUGUACCCUCGAGGAAGGGGGAGACACCUUCCUCUGGGACCUCAAGCGCCUUCUCCAGUUACUUCAACAAUAAAGUUGGCAUUCCUCAGGAGCAUGUAGACCAUGAUGAUUUUGAUGCCAAUCAACUGUUGAACAAGAUUAAUGAACCACCAAAGCCAGCCCCCAGACAAGGUGUCCUCUCGGGUACCAAAUCUGCUGACAAUUCACUCGAGAACCCUUUCUCUAAAGGGUUCAGCUCAACAAACCCCUCCGUGGUCUCUCAGCCUGCAUCUUCUGAUGCCCACAGGAGCCCUUUUGGAAAUCCUUUUGCCUAACUUCUUUCUGAAGUUGUAAUGCUGACUGACUAUCCAGAUGAGCAAAAGGCUGGCUUUGGUCAAGGAUUAAGCAGAUAGCCAGAAACGUGCUGACCUCUGUCCUUGCUCCAGCUUUGAUGUAUUACCUGUUACCCUACUUGUCUUUGCCUCAUGUACUUGUAAAAAGCCUUUCACUCUCUCUAGGCUAAAGCUACACUGAAACAAUGGCUUUACAUAAAUUAAACUCCUAAGCUCUCUAGCUCCAAUAUAAAUGAAGUAGCUUCCCUACCAAAUCCUUGUCUGUCGUGCUCCUAGAACCUUCCAGAAUAUUCUCCGUUUUACCCUCAAUUUGGGAGGUGUGGCCACCUUUACCCUUAAUAUCACACUGCCUUGAGUAAAUGUCCAAAUCCUUGUAGCUCUCAAGGUCAUUUGUGAUUCCUGGUGUGCAUCAUAAAUCUAAACAUUAAUAUUAACAUUAAUAGGAAAGCAAGACACCUUGCUUCCCAUUCCCACUCAGACAAGUUUUUUUAUGAUAAAAUGAAAGCAAGACUAACUUCUCGAAUCCACCCAAGGACCAUUUCGAGAUGGUCUUUCUCAGCUAAUUGCAUCAUUUACCAAUCCUACUCCAAGUGGUGUUUACAUUUGACUUGAAAAGGAGAAAGGUCUAACUCAAAACAUAAGGCAUUAUUCAAAGCUAAUAAAACAAUUUCUCCCUGGGGCCCCACAUUGUUUUCAUUCCAGACACUUUGCAGCUGUUUGACCCUGAUGAUAUUAUGCCCUACAUUUUCCUUGAAGAUUCUGAUUUUAUUUCAUGUGAUUCUUUUUUCUCAAUAAAGAUGAUUAUUGUGUGCAUUACUAAACAAACAAACAAAAAAAAGAAAGAAAAGUAUAAUUUCUCUUUAUUCUGGUUAUUUCUCCCAGGACCUAGGCUAUCCCAUUUUUAAUCUCUUGCUGGCUAUUUUAAACGAGGGGAAAGCAUUGUUUAUCUCUUCCUGUCUUUCUCUUUCAGUCCAUUUUGCUCCUGGGAUUAUAUAAACAAUACGUCCCUUUUACCAGGAACAGAUUUUUUCACAGUGACUCACAAAUCUGAAGGGCACACACCCACUCCAAGCAUUAUUAGUCCAGGGGUCAGACUUCUGGAAGGUGCACUAUCUUCAUCCUCCCUAUGGCUUGGGGGACCAUUCUCUCAGACUGAAGUUUCAUAGAGCAAUUUAACACAGUAGAGGAACUGGACUCUGCUCAGCAAUGAAGGACUAUAUUCUGAAAGCUAAAUAUGACUGCCAAACGCACUGGGUCCUUACUGGAUGUCAUGCCAGGCCUUUAUCAAGCAACUGGAAAACUUUCUUGAAGCCACAAUCAUGGACAAGUAUUUGGAGUUAUCAUUGAAAAAUCUGCAAUAUUUUCCUCAUAACCUUGGAAGCCUACGCAGUACAUUUUCAUUUUCAGGCCUUUUGCUGUACAGGACUGAAGGGUUUGUUCCUGACAAGUUGUGUUUUCUUUAGCUUCUGUUGAGUAUUUUUUUAAUGUUAUCUCUUGACCCAAAAUGCUCAGGUUCUCAUGGGUGUUAGUACAAUCUUACCUUUCGCUGAAGAGAAUGACUGCUCAGGUUGUAAACAAGGAGCUAGCCUUCUGAGCCUCUGUUGAUUAGCCCCAAGUAAUCCAAGCUGAAGUAAUGUGGGCUUCUGUUUAAUGAUAAUCGUUAAUUAUCUAUGAUAUAUGUUUCUUUUUCCUGUCUGACUUCCUACUCAGUCAUUAUAAACACAGACUUGAAAUCAUACUUUAAAAUUCCAAAUGCCUAAAGAUGUGCUAAACUGGAGGUAACUCUUCUAUUGAAAAAAAUAGUCGAAUUUUUGAAAGUGAUGAUCAGCCACACGACUGUUUUGUACGUACUUGUCUUCUUGUGCACUUUUCUGUAUGCGAAUAAAGCUAGAAAUUUACUCAUUCAAUAAACUGGAAUGACAAAAA